AUGUCGACGACAGAGGAAACUGAUCAGACCAAGGACUCCACUUCGUCCUCAUUCUACGAUGAGAUCGAGAUUGAGGAUAUGGAGUUUGACGAAGAUGAAAGAGUAUUCUAUUAUCCUUGUCCAUGUGGAGACAGAUUCCGUAUAACAGAGGAGGAGAUAUUGGCAGGAGAAGAGGUGGCAAAGUGUCCAAGUUGUUCAUUGUUACUUCAUGUCAUCUACUCACCUGAUGACUUUGUUGUCGAAGAGGAGGAGUCUGUAGCAGACAAUUCAAUCACUGUUGCUUAA